AUAGAAAGAUCAGUGCAUAAUGGUAGAAUGAUUAUGCCACUUGAAGUGACGGAGGAGCCUAUGUAUGUAAAUGCCAAACAAUACCAUGGAAUUCUAAGGCGAAGGCAACUCCGUGCAAAGGCUGUGUUGGAGCAAAAAGUGGUUAAAUCUAGAAAGCCUUAUCUUCAUGAAUCUCGGCACCGGCAUGCGAUGAGAAGAGCUAGAGAUGGUGGCGGCCGAUUUCUCAACACAAAAAAGAAGAUCCAACUUCCUGCUAAUAAUAAUAUUAAUGCAACUACUCCAAGCAGUAAAGGCAAAGGUUGUGCAGCCUCGGAAGUCAGUUCCAUGGACUCUGAUUUCUCUCAAAAUUACUUGCUCAGUUCUGGACAUAUUGGAUCAUCCAAUGCUACUUCUGUUGAAGGAUUCCAGUUCCAAGGAAUACAUAAUACAGAAAAUCCUCAACUGGACACAAUCGACAAUGUGAAAGCCAAGAUCCAAGAUAAGGAAGGGAUUCCCCCAGAUCAGCAGCGUCUGAUUUUCACCAGAAAGCAGCUUGAAGAUGGCCGUACCCUAGCCGAUUACAACAUCCAGAAGGAGUCGACUCUUCAUCUCGUGCUCCGUCUCCGUGGUGGUGCUAAGAAUAGGAAGAAGAAUCGGAACCGAAGAGGGUUGACGACGGCAAAGGGGUUGGAUACACUUUAA